AUGCAAGUUCGGCAUAUGGCGUUUAGGGACAUACACCAUGUAAAGGAGUGCAACCGGAGAAACCUCCCGGAGAACUACCAUCUGAUUCUCCUUAUGUACAUGCUUGUGAUGUACCCUGAGUCCUGCUUCGUGGCAGAAAACAACAGGGGAGAAAUCAUAGGGUAUGCAAUGUCCAAGCUCAAAGACAACAUGGAAAGCGACGAAAAAACAGAGACGGACGCAAACUCCGGGUACGUGCUUUCGCUGGCUGUGGACAAAGCAUACCGAAAGGUGGGCCUGGGAAGGAUACUCCUGGCAGCCUCCUUGCACGGGGUCUGCAGAAUGAUGGGCUCUGAAAACGCGCCGUUCAAGGUGUAUCUGAACGUGCGGCCGUCCAACCACUCAGCAAUAAGCAUGUACAGGAGCGUGUUUGGGUUUUUCGAGGAGAGCGAGGUGCCGAAUUACUAUUCGAACGGAGAAAGCUCGCUUCUUAUGUGCAGAGUUUUUAAUUCGCAUGAAAGUAAGCGAGCUCCAGAAGGGGAACCAGCUAAUAAAGUGCAUUAG